CCAAAGAUCGUGUUGACUCGACGGUGCAUGUCACGUCAGCGUUCGACGGAUUGGGGUUGAAAACCUGAAUACUUAUUUAUUUUUCGGGCACACUUCUCUCUUUCAUCAAUUUAUUUUACUUGAAAAACGUUGUAUUCAGGCAUAAUAUGAUACCAGAAGAAUUUACUGUGUCAUGAGGCACUUAUUGGUGGAAGAUCAAGAUAACCAUGGCAACUACGGAUGAAAAAGAAGCUCCAAAUUUAGUAGAUCUUGUGAUGAUGUCAGCCGAGGAGACCAGCAAACAUACUCCCAGCAAUGCUAACACAAUCACUCACGCUGAAGACCUCCACAUUUCCUCUGAUGCUGUGGGUGUACCUUGUGAUAAAACAGAGCAUGGUAACAUGGACAGAGUUACCAUGGAUGAUCCAGUGGCUGAAGACCACGAUGAUGAAAACUCCUCAAAGCAAGAGGAGACAGAGGUCUGUACGAGGGAGCAUAUUUCUCCCACAGAAACCCCAGAAGAGGGAGUCCAGACACAAGACCAAAUGAGUGAAGACACAAAAAGAAGUCAGGCUUUUGAGAUUAACAGUGAAUGCGUUGCCAUGGAAACAGGAUUACAGGAGGAUGAGAUGAAUCAAAAUGGAAGCGAGAAGGAAAGAGCAAUAACUGAUGAAAUUUCUGAACAGGCAGAUGCUAUUGAUGAAGAAUGUCCUUCCUACGUGCCUGAUUAUCAAAAAGUUCCAUAUCAACUCACUGGAGCUUGGCAGGACUUCAAACACUCCCCAGAGAACUUCCUCAAAGGCUGCAAAUGGUCUCCUGAUGGCUUGUGCGUAUUGACCAACAGUGAUGACAAUCAACUCCGACUCUUCAAUCUUCCUCCAGAAAUCUACUCUCAACUACAAGAGGAACCCAUUCCAGAACUGAUGUCAGUGCUGAAUAUUCAUGAGGGAGAACUCAUCUAUGACUAUGCAUGGUUUCCUGCAAUGAGGUCUGACCAACCAGAAACAUGCUGUUUUGCAAGUACGUGUCGAGAUCAUCCGAUUCAUUUAUGGGAUGCUUUCUCUGGGGAGCUUCGAUGUACAUACAAACCUCAUAACCACCUGGAUGAGAUGGCUACUCCACAUUCCCUGGCUUUCUCAACAGAUGGAACCAAAUUGUACUGUGGCUUCAAUAAAAUGAUCCGAGUGUUUGACAUGGACAGACCAGGGAAUACGUGUGAAGACAGACCCACCCGAGAUAAAACUUCUGGCCAAUCAGGGAUCAUCUCCUGCUUUGCUGUUAAUUCAGAUGGACUCUAUGCAGCUGGUUCCUAUUCCAAAUCUAUUGGCUUAUAUGCAGAGCCAAGUGGGUCCAUGAUAUGCAUGGUUCAGGGCCAGAUGGGAGGAGUUACUCAUCUCAUGUUCUCACCAGAUAGCAACCGGUUGUACAGUGGAGGCAGAAAGGACCCAGAAAUCAUUUGCUGGGAUAUGCGCAAUCCAGGCAGAGUUCUCUUCAGCUUAAUGAGAGACGUUACCACAAACCAGAGGAUGUACUUUGACUUGGAUAGCACUGGUCAGUACCUUGUGUCUGGUAACCAGGAUGGAACGGUCAGUGUAUGGGACACCAGCCAACCACCAGUCACUGAGGGGUCAGCAGGAGAUAGUAUUAUUGACCCAAUACUACGUUUCACUGCUCAUAGUGAUGCGGUCAAUGGAGUAAGUUUGAAUCCUACCUUGCCUAUCAUGGCAACGGCUUCUGGGCAACGUAAAUUUCCUGUUCCCAUGGCAACAGAUGACAGCGAUGAAGAUAUGUCUAUGUUGGAGGAAUUGAAGGAGGACAACUCCUUGAGACUUUGGUAUCUCAUGCCAGCAAGUUGAUCCCGUAUCAGAUUGAAGCUCACCGUUAAGAUUCUAAUAUUAGCAUUUUCUCAUGACCUGCAGCCAUCGAGCAAUUAUUCUAUCAUGAGAGUCAUUUUGCCUACAGGCUGCAGUCUGGCCUUAAGAUGAAGUCAUUUCUAGUUGAUCAUUAAUUCCUCACAUUGCAAGUACUCCUACUAUGCCCUAAGGUUAGAGUGGCUUACGGAUUAAUCUUUGAUGAGAAGUUUGAAGGACAUUGCCAGGUGUAGUUGAAUGGGGAGUCAGCUUCCUCUUUCACAAACAAAGCAAUCUUAGACCAGGAGGCAGAUGGCACAUCAGGACAUAGAGCAGUCAACACCAGUGGCCUGAUUUAACAGUGCAACAGUAUCUGUAAAGCUAUUUUCCUUUUCCAUCAUAAUGUCAUAACCUAACGAAUGGCUUUUGUACAAGUUUUCUUGUUUUGUAUGUGUAAUACACAAUAUUUUUCCAUGUUUUGGGCUUCAUCUCAUAUUUCAUCUUCAAAUUGUCAAUCAUGUGAUAUUUAUAUCUGUAUUUCUAUGAGUGAAAAAAUCAAAAUGAAUCCCUUUUCAUGGUUGGCACUGGUGAUUGUCAAGACAUUGAAUCUUAUUGUUAACGAUAGCAGGAAGUUAUGUGAAAAAUGAAACAGGCUUAUUGGAUAUGGCUACUUGAUUCAUAGUAUUACUUACUUUCAAAAUAGACUUUUCGUUUGGAUUUAUGGGCGAAAGCAUUUGUUUUUCAAAAAGUGAACUCAAUUUUUGAAGAACUUUACUCUCAGACUGAGAAAAUACAACCAGGAAGUUAACUGAAAAGUCACUCACAGGGCAGUCGUUUUUCAUAAAUGUAAAUUAAUUUUACUGUGGGCGUUUGAGGUUUGACUUUUAUUUAACAUUGAUUUUUCAACCUAGAAAUAUAUGUAAAAUUACAAAUAAAUUAGAGCAAAACCAAAA